GAUAGCUUCACUUGAUGAACACUCGUUAUUCACACCCAAUUCUACGCCAAGGGCGUUUUACGUUUCAUCAUAUCUGCUAAUUACGACAUACACGGAUUUUUAUCGCAUUGUGCAUUACAAUCAGCUCAGUCGUUCCAUGGUAGAUGACCUCGACUAGGCUUCGGCCUCCCCGAUCGAGAUGAGUGCUCCGAGUCCGCGGAAGUCGAUCGACAGCUUGGCCUCAUACAGUUCCACGCCGUCGCUUCAGCAGUAUGGGCAGCAACCUCAAUAUGAGUCUCCUCGAGUCGCUCCCUCGCAGCGUUACCCACCGCGAAGAUCGUCGACUGCCAGUUCAAUCGUCAGUAUCGGCGGUAUGCUGGACUCAUCUCGACAUCAUGGAUCGAUAGCGGAACUCGGACAGAAUGCUAUUUCGACUUUGUUGCAACCUCCUAUUGUCCGCACCGGUCUUGUCCCUCACUCGUCAGUGCCCGCGACUGGAUACAAACCUCCGUCCGCAAAGGAUAUUCCGCCUGUGACACUCUCAAACAUACCUGACGUCGAAUCUCAGGCAUUUCAGCCAUAUCUUGAACAGGUGGGAUCCUUAUACGAAUCGUUUCAGCGCGCGAAAGAGGGAAGCGAGGAAAAUGAGUCUCCAUUAGUCAGGAGUAACAAGGCUCUAUCUCCAAACCCGCCGCAGCCCCUGCUUGAGGAUAUCGAUGGCCGAAAACCUCCACCCUUCGAGCGGCGGGUCUCUGGUAUGUCUGCAAGCUCUCGCGCUCAUUCCCCGUUUGACAUGAGAGGGAGGAGGCGUUCAUCUUACGGCAAGGGUCCGCAGGCGGUAACACCGUUAUCGACGAUACCAAAUGUCUACUUUGAGGAAGAUUUUCAUCUUGAGAACCCUCGAACUUUUGAUGUUGUCUCUGAGAGGUCAGAGGUUGUGCGUCAACCUUCAAAACCUCCAAGCCAGGAUAAUGCUGCCAAUGGAGCCGCUUUGGAGCCGCCCACCGGACGAAAAGUUCUUGCGACGAAUGCGAUUCUUCAGGAGAAGCUUUCUUGGUAUAUGGAUACCGUGGAGAUUCACCUCAUUUCGUCGAUUUCGACCGCUUCCAAGUCAUUUUUUACCGCACUCGGGUCCUUGCGUGAGUUGCAUGCAGAAGCUGCAGAUUCUGUCAAAAGAAUACAAACUCUGCGAACAGAUCUCAACAAAAUUGAUAAGGAAAUGGCCAUGGGUGGACUGAAAGUAGUAAAUUUGCGCCAACGAAGGGAAAAUGUGAGAAAAUUAGCCGAUGCCAUGACUCAGUUACACGAAGUAGUUGAGGCUGUGACCGAAUGUGAGCAGCUGGUGGAAAAGGGAAACAUCGAGGAAGCUAUUGGUGGCUUGGAUGAGGUCGAGCGGUUACUUGCGGGUGAACAAGCAGCGAGAUCUGGUGGAAAAUAUGAAUCUGAACCAAGAGCGCCGGUCGAUCUCCGAGGCCUCCAUGCACUACAAGGCGUAGAUGAAGUGCUUUCGCAACUAAGACAGCGUAUAGGAAUGGGCUAUGAAAGCAGGUUCUUGGACGAUCUUUUGACAGAUUUGAGACAGCACAUCAACAAUGUUCCAGGAAACAUUACGUUACAGCGUUGGGGGGUGUCUUUCCAGAGAAACCGUGGAGGCCACAGAUCUACCCCGUCAAUCUCACCAGCUUACCUUACAUUUGGGGCUGAACUUCGAUCAAAAUUACAUGUCCAUCUUAUGGGACUUGGGCGAUCGCAUUAUACCAUGCCAGCAGCAACAUCAUUCAAAACAGCUAUUCUGCGAGAAAUGAAAGGUCUCAUACGAAAAAGCCUUCCCAGUUCAAGUGACGAUGACAACGAAUCCGUGAUGUCUGCCUCUACUCACGGCGGGAGGCAGCUAAGUUCACAGGAGAAAUCCUCAAUCUUGGCGCGGAACUUGCGAGCAAUGGACGCGGGAGAUGCCUAUGAAAUGCUCAAGGAAAUAUAUACCAAUGUGAGCGAAUCGCUCAGAAGGCUCAGCGUGCAAGUGAAGGUGCUUUUAGACAUAACCAGCGGACUUGGAAGUCAGUCGAGUCCCUCCCUUGGCCGAUCGCCACCGCGCAGCCCAGACCCAAGGGGACUGGAUGAAGUAUUGCGGUCACAAGGAAGGGCGGCAGAUGUUGCCGCAGCUCAGGAGGAGAUUCUUCAAGUUUUAGAUAUGUCGAGCCUGUUAGGCCAAUCCGUGGAUAUUGUGCAGUCACAAAUUGUCAAAGUCCUCAAAGUACGAUCAGAGCAGACAUCACACUUACCUGUGGAAGAUUUUCUGCGGUACUUUUAUCUAAAUAGAUUGUUUUCUGAUGAAUGUGAGGCUAUAUCUGGACGAAGUGGCACAUCACUGAAGACUGUUGUCGAUAACCAGAUUCGGGAUUUUAUUGUCAGAUUCAGCGACGGCCAACGUCACAAGAUUGUUGAAGUCAUGGAUUCAGACAGGUGGGACGCUAAAGACUUUGGCGAUGCUGAAAACGCGGUUUUGGAUAAGAUUCUUCGUGCGAGUACAGGGGAGGUUGAAACGUGGUCGCGAGCUUCGAAGAUUUGGCAACAGCAAGAAGAAUCUUCAGCAGAACCUAUCGCUAAAAAUGGUACAAGUGCUAUGAAUGGAUCAGGCAAGGAGAAAGUACGAACAGCUAAUUUCGACGAACAACGGUACAUACUUCCAGAAUCAGCAGCUACGAUCAUGAGAAGCAUCGAAGAAUUUGAACAUCUGACAGCGAAUAUUCCCAGUAUGACGCAAGAGAUUGGGUCAAAUUUGGUGGAAUGUUUAAAGCUCUUCAACUCACGUUCUUCACAGCUAAUUCUUGGCGCGGGAGCUACUCGCAGCGCUGGUCUGAAGAACAUCACCACAAAGCAUUUAGCACUUUCUUCGCAAGCACUGAGCUUCAUUGUGGCACUUAUUCCAUACGUACGAGAGUUUAUUCGAAGACAAUCACCGUCAAGUCAAUUGAUGGCCGAGUUUGACAAAGUCAAGCGACUCUGUCAGGAGCACCAGAACGGUAUUCAUGAAAAGCUUGUAGACAUCAUGAGCUCUCGUUCCACAAGUCACGUUGUUGCAAUGAAAAAGGUGGACUGGGAUGCAGAGAAGAAUCCACAGGCUGUAAGCACUUAUAUGGAGACAUUGACGAAAGAAACUGCGACUUUGCAUCGUGUACUGGCCCGUCAUUUCCCAGACGCGACUGUGAUGAUGAUUAUGGGUCCGGUCUUCAGCAGUUACAAGGAGCAAUGGACCAAGGCUUUCCAGGAUGCUGCAGUCAAGACCGAAUCCGGAAGACAACGGAUGCUUUCCGAUGUGGAAUACCUUAAAUCACGAGUCAGCAAGAUUGAAGGCUCUGGUGACCUUGGUGACAUUCUCGUUCAAGUUGUCAACGCGAAAACCAUAAUACCCGAGAAGAACGGUAAUACAAACACUACUGCUGCUGCUGCUGAGCAGCCAAACGCCUCCCCGCCACCUAAAUCACCUCCAGUACCAGAGAAGGAUACCGUCGUCUCAGAAAAGGAGCCGGAGAAGGGCUCCGAGUCAUGAAUGAAGCUAUGUACAUAUUCUCCGACUUUCUUUACCAGUUAUGAAUCCGCCUUUUCUCCCUGUUCUUCGGCCUCGGCAUUGUACAGGAGUUUCCUCUUCUGAUAAUCUAUAUUUAUUUCUACAUCACCACUGUUAUGACAGUAUUUCAUUAUUCUUUUCUUCUAUUCUACUUUCCUAUAUACUAGGGCUUUGGCGUUGAGCUCUCUAACCUUUUUCAUGCAUAUAUGUAAUCAUUUCUAGACAUUUAGAGUCGUGAGCACUGAUCGGUAUAUCUAUUUGUUGAUAUGCAGCGUGGAAUCCUGGUAGUUUCCGUACGCUGAAUUAUCACUAGUUUAAUUGGUGUCUCGUAAUACUUAUCUGCAUCGCAUUUCGCAACGCC